GGAUGAGCACGAUGCGCGGCGUGUCGUACUCGAACAAGAAGGCGGCCAGCACCGCGCAGCAGCCCGCCAUGGCCGGCUGCUACCGCGCCGCCCGGCUCCGCGCUCUGCGCCCCGCCACCCGGCCCGCCGCCUGGGAGAAUUGGAAAAUAAAGGGAAGUGGAGGAAACGCCCACGAUUCUACUCCUCGAACAUAAUUUUCCACGUUUGUUCAUUCCCUUUCAGCUGACAUCACAAAGUACAGUGGUCUCCAGUCCUCACCGUGGCUCAGGACCCGUAAACGCACUUUGCAAGUGGGCGGGGCACCUCACUUUGCCCAGCCAGGUACCUCGGCUCCAGCGCGCGCCCGCAAGGGCCCCGCGGAAACGCCCCGGCCCACCCGCCGGAAGUGACGUAAUGCCACGGCCUAGCAACCGUUGCCAAGGAGCUCGUCUCUAGGAACCCUGUAGAGCCUGGAUGCCUCCUGCGGGGGGGAAAAGAGGUUUCUUGAGGAGAAUUUGAGUUAUGACCUAAUUAUGAGUGAUCAAAUCAAAUUCAUUGUGGACAAUCUCAAUAAGGAGCCUUUUAGGAAGAACUAUAAUUUAAUCACAUUUGAUUCCCUGGAGCCAAUGCAACUAUUGCAAGUUCUCAAUGAUGUUCUGGCUGAGAUUGACCCAAAGCAAGUUGUUGAUAUCAGAGAGGAGAUGCCAGAGCAAACAGCCAAAAGGAUGUUGAGCCUUCUUGGUAUCCUCAAAUAUAAACCUCCAGGAAAUGCCACAGACAUGAGUACCUUUCGUCAGGGUCUGGUGAUUGGAAGUAAACCUGUAAUUUACCCAGUGCUCCACUGGCUUCUUCAGAGAACUAAUGAACUGAAGAAAAGAGCAUAUUUAGCUCGUUUUUUAAUAAAACUUGAGGUACCAAGUGAGUUUCUUCAGGAUGAAACUGUGGCUGAUACCAAUAAACAGUAUGAAGAGCUAAUGGAGGCCUUUAAAAAUUUGCAUAAAGAAUGUGAGCAGCUCAAGACAUCUGGAUUUUCUACAGCAGAAAUAAGAAGGGAUAUCAGUGCAAUGGAGGAAGAAAAGGAUCAGCUCAUUAAGAGAGUUGAACGUUUGAAGAAAAGGGUGGAGACAGUUCAGAAUCAUCAACGGAUGCUUAAAAUAGCAAGGCAACUUCGAGUUGAAAAAGAGAGAGAAGAAUUUCUUGCACAACAGAAACAGGAACAAAAGAAUCAGCUAUUUCAUGCAGUGCAGAGACUGCAAAGAGUACAAAACCAGCUGAAAAGUAUGCGCCAUGCAGCAGCAGAUGCAAAGCCUGAAAGUUUAAUGAAGAGGCUAGAGGAGGAGAUAAAAUUUAAUUCUUAUAUGGUAACUGAAAAAUUUCCUAAAGAAUUAGAGAGCAAGAAAAAAGAAUUGCAUUUUUUACAAAAAGUGGUUUCAGAGCCUGCCAUGGGCCAUUCUGAUCUUCUUGAGCUUGAAUCUAAAAUAAAUGAAAUAAACACACAGAUCAAUCAGCUGAUUGAAAAGAAAAUGAUGAGAAAUGAGCCAAUUGAAGGCAAACUCUCACUAUAUAGGCAACAGGCAUCCAUCAUUUCUCGUAAAAAAGAAGCCAAAGCUGAGGAACUUCAGGAAGCAAAGGAGAAGUUAGCCAACCUAGAGAGAGAGGUGUCAGUGAAGACAAAUCAGACCCGUGAAUUUGAUGGCACCGAAGUUUUGAAGGGAGAUGAAUUCAAACGAUAUGUCAGUAAACUUCGAAGCAAGAGUACAGUUUUCAAAAAGAAGCAUCAAAUAAUAGCUGAAUUUAAAGCUGAAUUCGGUCUCUUGCAGAGGACAGAAGAACUUCUUAAGCAACGUCAUGAAAAUAUUCAACAUCAACUGCAAACUGUUGAAGAGAAAAAGGGUAUAUCUGGAUAUAGUUACACCCAGGAAGAGCUAGAAAGGGUAUCUGCACUGAAGACUGAGGUUGAUGAGAUGAAAGGCCGAACGCUUGACGACAUGUCUGAAAUGGUAAAAAAGCUGAAUUCACUGGUAUCUGAAAAGAAGUCAGCUCUAGCCCCAGUUAUAAAAGAACUACGACAGUUGCGUCAGAAAUGUCAAGAACUAACCCAGGAGUGUGAUGAAAAGAAAUCCCAGUAUGAUAGCUGUGCAGCAGGCCUUGAAAGCAACCGAUCCAAAUUAGAACAGGAAGUCAGGGGACUACGUGAAGAAUGUCUUCAAGAAGAAAGUAGAUACCAUUACACAAAUUGUAUGAUCAAGAACCUAGAAAUACAACUUCGUCGAGCUACCGAUGAGAUGAAGGCAUAUGUCUCUUCUGAUCAACAAGAAAAAAGAAAGGCAAUUAGGGAGCAGUAUACAAAAAAUAUUGCUGAACAGGAAAACCUUGGAAAGAAACUCCGAGAAAAACAAAAAGCUGUACGAGAAAGUCAUGGUCCAAAUAUGAAACAAGCAAAAAUGUGGCGUGAUUUCGAACAGUUGAUGGAAUGUAAGAAACAGUGCUUUCUGAAACAACAAAGCCAAACUCCCAUGGGUCAGAGCCAAAUACAGUUGCCAUUCAGACCGUCCUCAAGGAGGCCCUACUGUAGCAACUGCCCAAGUAUCAUCCUCUUGGUUAACCAGACAGAGAACAAAGUAAAUACAAUGUGCCGCUUUAUAAUUAGAAAUAAUUGCCAGUAGGACCUGGAGACUUUGCCAUCUUAACCACUGCCUCAUUCUCAGUAUUUAAGGGUAUCUGAUGUAAAUCUAACACUAGAACUCCCAUCAGGCUUUGGGUAAAGUUAUAGAAUAUUUAACAUGCUUAGAAUUGCAUCCGUAUGAUGAUUGUUUAAAAGCAGAGAUGAUAACUCAGGAAGGCAUAUGGUACAGGUUUAGAAUAGUUGGUAGCUAUUCUCAGACUUGACCUAUUGUACAUGAUUGUAAAUGAACGCCUGUCCUUUAUGGCUUAUCUUGUAUCAAAUUGUCAGAGGCCGUUCCAAGCAAUGAUUACAUUUCAGAGUUAAUGUAAAGAAAUUUUAAAAAUUCUAUGAAAGAUUUUGUGAUUUACUCAAGAUAGAUUCUAUGACCUUUUAAGUUUGUUGAAAGAGGAAGCUAGUGUGUUGUAAAACCAGUUAAAAUAAGAAUAAACUUGGAAAUAUAAAAUAGCAUCAGCUCAUAGACCUUAGGGAAGAUAACUAAUGGCCCAGGCCCUAAAAUUCCAAUUUAUUUAGAAAUAAGUUUUUGUAAAAACUUGAUAUAAAUAGAAAUAUUUUUCAGUCCAGUCCUCUUUAAUGAAAUGCCAUAAAAAUAAAAGACUAGCACAUAAACUUUCCUUUUUUUUUUCUAUUUGUAACCAAAAGCAUUGCAUAAUCAGGCAGGAACAA